ACAUUUCUAAUCCUCAUCUUCUCCAUCAAUCUUCCUCUUCACCUCACACCCUUCAAACUUCAAUUUCUCUCAUCUUCAAUGCAUUUCCAUUUUCGUUAAACAUGUUCUUUCCUGCCAUUCACUCAAUUUUGAUUUUUACUUCAUCAGUGAUUUCUUUGUAUACGCAUAGAAGUUGAGGCCCCCAGUGAUUUUCUCCAGUUUCACGCUCGCUGCCUCUGCCUCCGCCUCCAUUUACGAUGGCAGAGAAUGUGGUUGUUGCACCAUGUAUCAAGCUGCAAAUUGGAAGAACUCCCUUCGAAUCGAAAAGCUCCGCACCGUGCAGUUUCAGUUUUAAAAGAGAACAAAGAGAAUCCUCUUGUGGGAGCUAUAAGUUCACGAGGAUCUCAACUUGGAGAAGGCGUGCGCUUAGUGGUUUUCGGGGCUCAAACUUAAUUGUAAUUCCUGCUCCCAGGAAGAUCUUCAGAGAGCAUGCUUACCUAAGGUCUUUGGUAAACGUUGAUGGAACAACAGCCUCUGAGGUACUUUUUGUUGAUCAAUUGCUUCUGAUGACCAGUAUAUUUCUAACAUAUAUGGCUGGCGUAAUACCCGUACCGAAGUCUAAUCAACCUGGAAAUAUCAUCUCUAAUACCAAUUCAGCCUCAGAUAACCCAACAUUUUCUGGUAGUGGCAUGAAGACUGAUGAUCAAAUUAAUUCGAAGUAUGCAUUAGAUGUAGUUAAAGGAAAGAUAUUGGAUUUUCUAGAUGCUUUUGAACGUAGGAAAAGUGUGGAAAACGAGGUACUCGAAUUUGCAGAAAGUCAUGCCAAGCAACCCCUAUGCUUGAAUGCCAUUGGUGAGGGUUCAAGGUUAAGGUUGCUUUGGGCUUCUUUUCAACUAAUUGAGGAAGAGGUCAACAAUCUUUCCACUGCUACUAUUCAGAACAUGGAUGAUUUGUCUAUAAUAUUUUCUAAAUUUAUUCAAAAAUCCUCUCAACCAGUAUGCAUGUCUUGGCUGAAAAACGAACUGUCGAUGAAAAAUAAUGAUUCUAGUAAGGCAUUUCUUUCAUUGAUGUCUGAGAAGCUUAAAGCUGAAGACAACAUUUUACCAGGAAUUAAGAAGUCUGGCAAGGAAGAGUUGUAUGCAGAAUUGAUGCACUUUCUUAGUUUUGGUCCUCGCAGGGAUUAUUGCUAUUAUGACUAUAGCUUGUUUGUCAAGCAUGGGAUUUCAAUAUUAGAAGAUUUGCUGAUAACCUUUGCUGACGGGAUUGCAAGUAUGUAUCUGGAAUUUAUUUCUGUUGACAGCAGUUUUUUUGAUGAAGUGGAUAAUAUUGGCUUGGCAUUGUGUACCUUAUCAACACGAGCACUCCAAAGAUUGCGUAAUGAGGUGGCCAUGAACCAAUGGUUUUAUCAAAACAUCGAGGCAAUUGUAUCGAUGUAUGAAGACCGAUUUGAUCUGUGUACACUUAGUAGUCAACAGAUUGAGCUACCAGGCAGUAGACAGGCCAAUAUUGAUAAUUGGUGGAUGAAACAUAUCCUCAGAAGAAGAGAAACAUUGUCUUCUGAGUUGCGUUAUGUUGUGAUAGACUCCUUCGCCAUGCCUGUAAAACGGACCAAGGAGUUGAGAGCUUUAAGGGGAUGGAGGUAUUACUUCAGCCUGUUGAUUGAAUUAUCGGACAUUACAAUGCCAAUGAUAAGAGUAGUAAUCGAUAAAAUCAGUAGCGGAAUAUCGUUCUUUCUAGUCUGCCUGAUUGGAAGAUCUUUAGGGCUCAUCUACACAGGAAUCAGGCAGUCACUAAGGUGGAAAUGAAGGUUUGAUAGUUCUGAUCUAUAUUUGGUUGUUUCUCCAUUAUUUUGGCUUCCUUCUCAUUUCUUUUAUGUAUCAACUUGAUUUUGGUAGUUCAUAACAAUUUUUGAGAUUAUAUCAAUUGCAAUAUGAGAUAGUAUAGAAUGUUGUUGUUGAAGUACA